CAUACGCACUGUCAGGGGCGACGCGGGCUAGGAUGGAUGUGCGGAUAUUUGUGGCCAUUUUGGUGGUUGGAGGGACUUACGCGAUAUCGGGAAAAGGUUUCUACUGCAGAGAUCCUGACACAGGAAAACUCCACUCGGUCAACACAACAUGGAAAUCUACGACGUUUUGCGGCAAUUACACUUGCAGGUUAAAAAGGAAAGAUAUAAUCGCUUCACCGCUACGAGAAUUUAAAAUAUCUGAAAUUACAUCGGUAAUACAAAACAAAUCAAAUGACAUAAAAGAUUCUGGGCAGGAUGAUAUAAUAGCUGCCAAUCCACUCAACGUAAACGUAAAACAAAAAGACGACAAAAAUAUAACUGAUCUCAUUAGUAACAUAUUGAAUAAUAUCACUGAGCCAAAUGAUAAAAUGAAAAUCGGUAAAAUGGGUGAAAUUAAUAAAACAGAUAGAUAUCUAAACGAAAAAGAAAUUAAACUAAUAUCUGACCUACUGCAUGGUGUUAAAAAGAGUGAUUUAGAGACAGUAGUCGAUAUUUAUAAUAUAGCUCAGGAUAUAUAUAAAGAAUUAGAUAAAAAAACUUCGGACCCAAAUAUUGAAGAUACAUUAGUCCAACAAAAGGAAGAUGAUACGUUAACAGAUCCCAUGCCACUCGUCCAACAACAAAUGGUGUACGGUAUUGAACCCAUGCAGUAUUCACAGAAAUCAAUGACGGAUAUAAAAAAUCCUGAAAGCGAAAUCCUACCAGACGCCGUUUAUCAUAAAUUAGAGCAUAAUGAAUUAACGGAUGGAUACGAAUCAAUGAUACCAGAGAAACAUGAAAAAGAAGACAUGCACAAAGAGGGAUCCGAUGUGAUGCCAACGCUAUAUCUAACGCCCAAAUUCGAUGAGCCAGCGCCAACGUAUAUCUCACCUAUAUACAGUUCGCCAAGUUACGUUAAACUUCCAUAUUUCUAUCAAAUGACAGACUUCCAAAGGAAAUCUUCAUACGUACACCCCCAUUCGUCAGUCGAGACGGAGAGGACACUUUUGCAACCAAUCACAGGGAAGCCUGUCGAGAAAACCACAAGUAAACCGGUCGCUCUAAAGAAUUUUAAUGCACAUCAACCUAUUCUCCUGCCAUAUCCGUAUUACCAAGUGCGAUAUAACGCGUCAGGUUAUCCUUUCAACUAUUUUUAUGGUGUCAAUCCAUACCAGGAUGUUUAUAGAAAGCAAUACAAUCCAUAUUAUGUGACUCGUACCUCUUAUGCGGAUCAGAUGAAAUCUCCCGAGAGAUCGUAUGCCCCGGGGACACUGAUUGAUACGUUACUACCAAAAGAUGAUACCAAAACCUCGAAGGCACCAGAAUGGAAGACAGAAUCUCUAUCGGACGACGUUCUCGACGAAAUCAGAGCGCAUUUUGAAAACAAAAACAUUCUGUUCAAACCAAUAUGUCUGAAAAAGAAAAUAAAGUUAGAUAAAGUUGGGAAAGUGUUCAAAUUGGAUGAUUUCAGAAGAGAAAAGAGGAGUGUUGAAGAAAAUACACAAACUAAUGUUAACAAAACCGACGAUUAUGAAGUUUACGUCGAAAGGAUAAUUUGCCAGUCAGAUGUAGAUCCAGGAUUCUUCCGAAUGGGUAAUACUUCGGCACCCUUUCCCGCUUGCUGCCCACAAAGAAUACGAUAAGACAUUUUACUAAUAAUUAUUAUAAAUAGGCCAAAAUAGUGAUGGGACAUGAGAAAUUGAAACAAGAAUAGAAAAUUCUGAAUUGGCUAUGUAAUUUUUUUUUAAUGAAACAUUUUUGAUUUUUUACAUAAUCUUUGGAAUAGAUUUGCUAGGUAAAAUUUUUGAAAAAGUCAUAUUAUGACGAAUACAUGUAGGUAAAGGUAUACACGCAAUAAUCAUGACUAAACAUGUUAUUAUAUUGACAUACGGCACUAUUUUCUACAAUAAUUCAAGUUUUGUUAUAUUAAUAGCCGGAAAUUUUAUUGCAUUCAGAGUAUGACAAUAGUUCUGCUAUUUAAAUAGCUUGUCACAAACGCGAGACGUUACUCAAAGGGUUAAUGUUUUGUUUUCAUGAAAUAAUUCAACAAUCACAGAAAAAAUUGAAUGUCUUUCAUUCUUAAGACUAUUUUCAUAGCCUUUUUAUGUGUUCUAUUGUUAAGAGGAACCGCCCUCACUGUUUUCCAUAUCUGAUGAAUAACACAAACAAGAAAUGUCACACGUUUUUAGAAUUCAUCGGAAAACUUAUUUUUUUUCAUAUUCUAUUUCAGUGCCAACAAAAAUACUUCACUUUUACUUUAAACUAGAUGUUGCCCGGGGCUUCGCUCCCGUGGGAAUUUUGAGAUAAAAUAUAGCCUAUAGCAAUCUUGGAAAAUGUACGAGAUUACACAUACAAAUUUACAAACGGUUACCUCUUUAAAAUAAUAGUAUUAGAUGUCUAAAGAAAUCAUUGUUUAUAUAAAAAGUUUACUUGGCAAAUUUAAUUCGGUUUUACCAAGAAUUUCAAUCGAUUCUCAUUCUAAAUUCUCCAGUCACAUCACUAUCGAACAUUAGUCACUUCCCUAACGUUUUUACAUGAUAUUUAUAAUAAGAAAUUAAAGGUACUUAUAAUGAUAAAAAUUAAAUAAAAAAAUCAAGAAACUCUGAAAUUGCUGGCAUCCUCUCAUCUGAUAGAUAAGAGCUGACGGCUUCCAAACGGCUUAACAUACAUUUCACUAACAUAGCUAAGAACAAUCCUUCUGUAAUCGAUGGUUAAACGUUUUAUUUUCAACAUGCUAGUAAAAUUUCAGCACUGAUUUGUUAUUAAUAGUUUUAAAUUAUCGACUUUAAAGAUUAUUAUUUAAGGAUAUUUGUAGUUCUAUUAGCUGAGCGUCGGGGCUUCGCUACCGUGGGAAUUUCGCGAUAAAAAGUAUCCUAUAUGUAAUUCCAGGUUAUUUUCUAUACGUAUACCAAGUUUUUAUACGCUUAUUUUUUAUACGCCUUUGAGACGCCUUAAUUUUUUUUGGACAUGCGCCCAUUUAGAUAUGUAAUUAUUUAUUCAAGGUCGGUGCAAAACUAAUGCGUAUGUAAAAAAAAUUAAGUACCCAUUUUGUUUUUAAAUUUUUUAUUCUCAUUUAAAAUUGUCCUGUCUUAUCACUAACAAAGAUUAGUACUUUAGGGAUUCUAUUUAAUUGUAAACGUGCACUCGUACGUAACACAUCUAACCACAACUCCAUAAGCACGUGAACUGUGUGCGUAUUGCGACUUUGCUUUUUCCAUUUCACAGACUCGAUUCGUAGUGAGACGCAGCGAACCAAUCACAUUGCUCCAUUGUGACGCAACGACAACCACAAUACAAUAUGAUUGGUUCGCUGCGUCUCAUUUCGGAGACAAUGAUAAAUGAAAUGACAUGUGUGUCGCAUACACAUUAGAUCAUCACCGGCCUUUAACACCUAUCAUAAUUACGAACAUAGCGGUGAUCGUCAUACGUUGCCUAGUUUUAUCUUGUGUCAAACUUAGCUCAUAACUAAACAUUGUGGGUACAGUCAGGAGCAGAUAAAGCUACUGUUUCAUCUGCCCCCAGAGUGUACAAUGUCAAAAAAAUGUGAAAAUCGGGUUAUUCCGUAGGCACUUAUCCGAUAUCGUCUUCUGUGUCGUUCUAUUGUAUUAUUAUUAUUUUUAAUUUUGACACCUUUAUUACCAUUUUUAAACGAAUUAAUCUAAUACUAGACGCAAUAACCUGUAUGGAACAAGAACUAAUCAUUACUUAACACCAAAGUUGUUAAAUAACCUACAUGUCGAACUAAAGACUCUGUACAAACUGAAUAGUAAAACAUUUAAGAAUAAGUUGAAAACUUUUUAUCUGCCUAAAUAUAAUAACAGCGACUCGCCGAUGCCCGGAUAAACCCUGCGAGGAUUUUGUGGUGCGGUCUUAUAAUAUUGUUAGAUAUUGUAAAUUGUACUGAAUAAAGAAUUUAAAUAAAUAAUAAAUAAUUUUUUAUAAAAGGUAUGAAAUAUAUACUGAUUGGUAUUUAAAAUUUUAUAAUUGUCGGAUACGCAAGAAUCAGAAAUGGGAUGAUUAAGAAAAAAAAUAUUGAAUCGGAUAUGAUUACGGAUAUCCAACGUCGUCACAUCGUGUCGCAUUCAUACGGAAUAACCCUAAAACCGUGACAUAAAGGUGAAAUUUAAAUUUUUAAUGUUACUUUAAGAUGUAAAUAUUUUGUAUUGAGUAAUAAAUUGUUUUUACAUAA